GUGCGUUUUUCAAAAUCUUGGAUUUUUUGGACAAUCUUUUACUUUGACAAAGCUAGGUUAGUAGAUGAGAUUAGCCUCUCUGCUCAGGACCCAAGACUGGAUACUCAUACUAUACAAACCCUUCUUCUUUUAUUUCUUUCAACCCGUUCAAUCAACAAUUAAGGCAAUUCAAUUCAACUCUCUUUUUCUUUUUAGGUUUUUUUCCUCAUGGAGUUGGGUUUGAGUUUGGGUGAAACGUCAAAGGGAUUCACUUUGCCUCGCAAGUCACAGAAAAUUAUUGACGAAGAUGAUUUAGGGUUCUGCAUGGCUUUAGGAAUGAAGGGAGAAUAUGAAAUCAAGAAGAAAGAAACAAGAAAUGAUGGUGAAAGAAAAGGAUCUUCAUCAGAUCUACCACUUCAGCUAGAUCUUCUGCCUUUCUCUCCUGUUCCACGCAGUCAAAAUUCACCAAAUCUUCGUUUCCCUUGGCUCGCUCAAAACUUGGUCACUGAAUCGGGGAAAGGGUUGGACGAAAACCAAAGGAACUUAACGGCUGUGGAAGUCGAAGAUGGUGCAGCACUGUCAUCUCCAAACAGCACAGUUUCAUCAUUUCAGAUGGAUUUUUCGAUUUAUACAAGGGGCAAAAGAGAUGCAAACGAAGUUGAAGCAGACAGAGGGGCUUCUUCAAAAGCAAGUGAUGAAGAAGAAAAUGGUAUGGCCAGAAAAAAACUUAGGCUCUCGAAAGAACAGUCUGCUUUUCUUGAAGAAAGCUUCAAAGAACACAACACCCUCAAUCCUCCCAUUGAUAUGCAGAAACAAAAGCUUGCUCUUGCAAAGCAGUUGAAUCUCCGUCCUCGCCAAGUUGAAGUAUGGUUCCAAAACAGAAGAGCUAGAACUAAGUUGAAGCAGACAGAGGUAGAUUGUGAGUAUUUAAAGAGAUGCUGUGAGAAACUGACAGAUGAAAAUAGGAGGUUGCAAAAGGAGAUUCAAGAAUUAAGAGCUUUAAAGGCUUCACAACCUUUUUACAUGCAGCAACCUGCCACAACUCUGGCAAUGUGCCCUUCUUGCGAGCGCGUGACCACCUCGACCGCCACACCCUCCAUCACAACAGCUGCCACCACCACCGCGGCUAUGAACUCUACUAAUAAUGGACUCUCUCUUGCUAAACCUAAAUUAUAUUCAUUUUUGCACGCUCAACAGGCUGCUUCUUGAGCAAGGAGAAAUAAAUUAAUCCUUUCUACUCGAGCUCUCGCGGACUAGUAAUUUCUUUUUUGUUCUUUGCAUAUGUACAUAGAGUUGGAUUUUUUUACAAUAUAUUUUUCUUCACUAAUGAUUUUUUUAUUGUAGAAUGGCUUGAUGUCUGCUGAUGAAUUUUGUGGGAUUAUGUUUGAGAGAGUAUUGAAUAGUUUAACAGAGUUACAAGUGGUUUUGAUUAUAUAAUUAAACGUUUUGUACUGCUAUUAAUUUUAUUGAAACAGAUCAGUUGCCACUUUCUGAUUUUUCAU